UUGUGUGCCGUGCUGAAGAAAAAGUGGUUUUCCUUGUCCCAUUUUCGAUCAUCAAAGUUGAGAAAAUUUUCACAAUCCUAUUCCCAGUGAGUGCGCGUAAAACCAUGCCAUCCCGUGCGGCGGAAAAGCUAUGUUCAGUGCCGUCGGUCUAGGAGGUAGUGGUAAACUGCUACAGCAAAACUCCCAGAAGAAGCCAUCAUCGUCGUCAGCAGUGGUUUCAACCCAGGCCCAUCAGGAGUUGCUCAGCCUUCCGCCGAAUGUGAACGGUCGCCGGCGGGGAACGCUAGAGGUUCGUCUUUCCGGAAUUCGGUGGACCAGUGGCAAAAGUUAUCCGCUGGUUGAGAUUCGGCUUUUGUGGUGGGGAGGAGCAGAGGAGAAUUUGCUGCAUUGGGAACAGGGAAAGAACGUCAGUGAGUCGGAACGAUUGCUCAGAUACGAAGUGUUGACCAGUGAGGAACUGUUUCGGAAGUAUCUGAAGGCGGCCGAACCGAUUCAAGUGCGAUUGGUUUCGAGUAGGACGGGAAGUUUGAUCGGAACGGCGGCUGUUCCCGUUUCGGGCAAGUUGGUGAACUUUCGCGUGGGGGAAGAGGUGGAAGGUGUUGGUAGAGCGGAAAUUGCUAGCGGGACUGGGUUCGGUUUGGGGGAGAUAAGCUUGGACUUUGUGUUGAGGUUUGAUAAGACGCAGCGGGAGGAUAAAGAAAACGGUAAGGCAGGUAUGGUGCAGAAGGUGAAGAAGCCGCUUCCGGUAGUGCUUCCGGAGCGGGCUUCAGAACUGGCGGUGAAGGGUGUUUCCGUUUCGCUACAUGAAGGGAAGCAGGCUAAAACUUUCCGCUCAUUGGACAACCCAUCGCGCUCAAAUGUGCUCAACUAUCUAUCGGGGAAGAUGCUUUCCGGUUCCGAGGAUGAAGCGCUUAGCGAAAUAUGUUCCAUUUCGCCUGCGGAAAGUAUGAUGGAUGCUCUUCAUAAAUUUGACAUUGCUCCAGCUCCGAAAAAGACCGAAUACCUGAAUGCGGUAGAUUCGGCUCGAAUGUUGGUUGAGAGCCUAAAAUUCACCAAGGCAGGACUGAAGGAGAUUAUUCACAAAACCAAACUUGUCUCACUGACGGAUGUGGGAUUCUUGAUAAAAGUGAAGCUUCCUUCGCAAUCAAGUGCUGGUCCGAAAAUCAAAUUUGCAUCUGCUUCCGUUUCCGACUGUGGAGAGGCCGUUUUCAAUGGAAAAGCUAUUACGAAAAUUUCUAUUCCCAGGAAGCCAGAUGAUUUCCGGUUCGAAUUCCUGGUUUUCUUGAUUCUUGGACCGGUUUUCCAUCAAAGAUCGACUACCGGAAGGCAGAUCUUUUUGGGUUCUUCCGUGAUAAAGCUGGAGGAACUGGUGAGCAGCAGGCUUACUUGUUACAAACGAUGUCCGGUUCGGUUGGCUUCCGAUGACAUCUUGCUGGGCAUGCUGACAGUUCGGCUGGAACUUGGUGCCCGUGGACUCCACUUUGGAACGGAGCUCAUCGACGCUCUAAUCGUAGAUAAGGAAAACGUCUCAAUCAGCAGUUCUUCCAGUGAAAAUGAUCUGCAAGCUCCAUGCUGGUCUUUCACACCACUUCAAAGAUGUUCAACAGUGCCGGUGGGACAUUCACACUUCCAUUGCCGACCGGUAACUUGCAGCCAGGAUCAGCAUGGUACUGCUCCGAACGCUUCAAAAGAUCUGUCUCCAACUCAAGAUUCCCCCACUCCAACCGGUUCUCGGGAAAAUCCUUCUCAGCAGCAAGGAUCGUCACGGGAAACCGGCCCGAAAGCGAUGGAUACACAGGAAAAUCCUUCGGAAAAACCGAAAAAUCUUCUCCAUGGAGUACUACAUCUCGGACAGCUGAAAGAUGUUCCCACCCUCUCGGCGGGUGGAUAUUUCCUAAUAGCGCACGGUUUCUGGUCCGACGGAGAUAAUCCGAUCCUAACGACGGAACUAUCCCAGGAUCGCAAAUCCUUCAACUAUCUGAUCACUUUUCCGGUAAUGCCGGACGAUCGCUUCCUGGAACGUACAAAGAACCAGCAUAUGCUGGUUGAACUGUGGCAAAAGACGCCGGACGCUGCAGAGAAGCUGGUUGGCAUUACCAGACUGCCGCUGCACCAAUUCUACAUCGCUUUCCGGGAUGCACAGCUGGCAGAUCAUUUGUCUCGUGCCAAGUUGCCCGUCAUCAGCAUCGAUGGAUGGAGUGGCAUAGGGUCUCCACUGGCUUCCGAUCCCUGCGGUCAGGUACAUGCCGUGCUGGCCAUUGGAACCGAGAACCAAAUCGAGUACUUCAAACUGUCCCGUAGUUUGACCCAUACUUCCGGGGAUGCUCCGAUGGUAACGAACCGACCUGCGGUUCCGGAAGUUGAUCGCGGAAGCAGCCCGCAGACGCCUCCGGAAUCAAACAAACAACGAGACGCACCUCCAUCGCAAUCGAUGGUCACCCCUUCGACGGCCAUAUCCCACCAGCGUGACGUCGAUUCGUACCGGCCGAUUAGCUCUUCCAACACCGGCAAACAGCAAUCCGAGGUGGCCAACAUGCUGUCGGCGUUCAUCGAAAAUCUUGCCCAACGCUUGCCAAUCUCUUCGGAACGCAGCACCGCCCCUUGCUACGAUCAAAAUUUUGCCGAUAAUCGCCCAGCCACUCCUCCACCACAACCGCCACCUUCAUCACUUCUAGCGUCACCCCACUCGCAAGCGAAUAAUCCUCAAAUGCGUAAAACUUCCGAUCUUCUGGAGAACCUCCAACGAGCCCUCGCUCAGAGACCACCGGAAGAUGUGAGCUCCGACCUGCUGACGGCUCCAUGCGCCACGGCUCCCUCGGACGAAACUCAGCCGCCACCGAAGCAGCAGCAGCAGCCAGGUCCGGAGGAGAAGCUGUUCAAUGUGUCGAUCGAAAUCGAACAGGCCGUCAAUCUGCCGAAGGUGAAUGUCGGUAAAAAGUUCGGCAAACGGAACAAGAAUCGUACGCAAGGCUCAAACCAACGCUUCGAAGUGGAACCGAGCGCUUAUGUCACGUUCGAGGGCUACAAUUUGCAACCGGGAACGGCCGAUACGGUUAAAUCGCACGAGGGAAUCGUCUACACUACGGCGAUCGUGGAAGGUUGCUCCAAUCCAAACUGGAAGAAGAAGUUUGACGUUCAGCUGCCGGUAGAUCUGAUGACGAAUGACGAGAAGCGCUUCAUACUGAAGGUAUGGCGCAAAGCGGUGGUGAAUAACACCAGCCAGGGAGCGGCCAAAGGGCAAAUGGUUCCCGCACCGAUGGAGGACGCCGUCGUCGGCUUCACCGCGGUGGAUUUGAGCGUCUUUCUAAGCGGGAUGCCCUGCAUUCUCGGGUGGUACAACAUCAUGGAUUUCUCCGGGCGGUGUAACGGGCAAAUUAAGGUCAACAUCCAACCGCUGGAGAACGUCACCAUCUACAAAGGUCUGGAAGAGGGUGUCAAUUUCCAAAUCCCGCUGUCGAUAGAUGUCGAAUGCGGUGGGCUGGACGCCGGAAACGCCUCCCUCAGCCGGGCGCUGAAACGCAAGUUCACCGAGCUCGAGGAAAUCACCCAACGCUUGAAGGCACGUCUCUUCGACGUUACGGGUGACGAAAACGUCGAUCCGGACGAUGAAUUCGAACAGGAUCUCAAUACCGAAGCGGAAGAGGAAGAGGACGAAGAGUGGGUGGAUCCGCUGGAGGACAGUUCCGGCCAAAAGCGUAACAGCCAAUUUCCGAACGGGGCUGGAACGGGACAGCAGACACGUACCACGAACACUUGUUCGUACACGAUGUCCUCGGAACAUCAUGUUGCCGAGCGGAGUUUGACCGGAUGUUCGGAUCGUUCCACUCAGCAGUCAACACUGGAAAUCGACGCUGAACAGCACUUGCUAUUGGAAAAGUUACUCAAGGAGCACAAUCUGGACACGCUGAUCAAUCCGCUCAUUCUCAAGAAUUUGAUCAAUCCGGUUAUGUCCACCUCGGAGUCCACUCCGAUGAGCAAUCCGUAUGCGAAUUUACCGGACAGUGAGUCAUCCGGCGGUACCAGUGCGGAUGCAGAUAUGAGUGAAGAGUCUGCCGAGGGGGGUGGGUCUACCUUGGAUAAGGUGAAGCUUAUUUCAUCGGCACUGCAGAGGGCGACUAUUUCCGAUGGCGAUGACGCGACACCGGCGGGGGCUAGCUCCAGUCAAGAAUCCACCGAACAUCGGAGCAAGCGAGAAGCACCGGAAGGGGAGCCAAUGAAGGUAAAUGAUAAGUAAGUUUUCACUGUUCGAACUUUUUGUCUGCCUAUACACAUUUAGAUCUUAAGAUCAAUAAAAUAUCACAAUAAUGCUUUUACGACAAUUUUGCCGCAGCUCGUUCUGUCCAACGCAUUACAUUUUAUUAUACGUACGCAGCAUUUCAAUGGUGCGGCAUUAACAUAAUAUACGUAUACUACAUUAUACAUAAUUCACCCGUUGAGAUAGAGUAAUCGAAAGUAUUCGCUGGAUAUUAUCUAGGAAAUAAAGGCUACAUUUGCUAAACGCUACAAAACAA